AUGGCAUACAAGACCAACUACGAGCUGUGGUGUCAACACUGCAACCCGAUCAAUAAUGAAGAGCCAGACAGUCCAUCAGGCUCUACCACAAUGUCCACAUUUGAAGGUUCAGAAGACGGGUCAGACUACCUAUUCACGCCAACAACGAACCCAACUGUCGACAACGGUAAACGCAGAAAGAUUCGACAACGACUGCGACAGCUGUUGAAGCGUUGGCCCCGGUCAAACAAUUAA